UGUGAGGUGCCGUGCGAGAAAGACGUUUUUACUGGUGUUAACAGUCCAUUACCACAACUCCCGAACUGUAUUCUGCUUAUGUAUACGGUGUUUAAACAGUGCAAACACGACUGCCAGCGCUCACGUGCAUAGUUUGUUAGUGUAGCAUACUCUGUCCCUGUGCUGUACACCAGCUAAGAACUGCCUGCUCGGAGGCCGAGCUCAAGGCUGGUUGAUUCUCCGCUACACUGAGCACGGGCCUCGCCGAAUACGAGCGGCAAGCGGUUCAUGUCGAAGAACCGAGUGUCAGACGGCGAGCCGAACGGCACGGGAGGAUCUUCCUCAGCAAACAUGGACGCGGAUGGAAAACGAGGAGACAGUCAGGAGGGCAAUCAGGAUGGAGAUAUUGGAUGCUGUGGAUACAUCCUAUGGGGAUUGUCACUCUUCCUCAUCUGUAUCACCUUCCCCGUUUCACUCUGCCUCUGUAUCAAGGUGGUUCAAGAAUACGAAAGAGCGGUUAUAUUCAGACUCGGGCGACUCCUAACAGGCGGAGCCAAGGGCCCAGGUUUGUUUUUCAUCGUCCCUUGUGUUGAUGCAUACAGUAAAGUUGACUUGAGGACCGUGUCGUUUGAUGUGCCCCCUCAAGAGGUUUUGACCAAGGACUCUGUGACAGUAGCCGUGGAUGCUGUGGUUUAUUACCGAGUGUCUAACGCUACAAUCUCGGUGACCAACGUGGAAGAUGCCAACCGCUCCACCCGCCUGCUGGCACAGACCACGCUCCGCAACGUCCUCGGUACCAAAAAUCUCAGCGAGAUCCUAUCUGAUAGGGAACAAAUCAGCAACUCGAUGCAGGACUCCCUGGACGUUGCAACAGAUCCGUGGGGGAUCAAAGUGGAACGAGUAGAAGUUAAGGACGUUCGUCUGCCUGUUCAGUUGCAGAGAGCUAUGGCUGCUGAGGCCGAGGCGGCCCGUGAUGCCCGCGCCAAGGUGAUUGCUGCCGAGGGAGAACAGAAAGCCUCGCGCGCCCUUAAAGAAGCUGCUGACGUCAUAACCGAGUCGCCCGCUGCCCUCCAGCUGCGCUACCUGCAGACGCUCAACGCCAUCUCUGCGGAGAAGAACUCCACCAUCAUUUUUCCUCUGCCCAUUGAUAUGAUGCAGGCCUUUAUCCGUCAGUAAGAGGCAGCUUUUGGGCUAAUGGCAUCUUGGCAUGUUGUUUUUAUCAGUGUGUAUCCUACGUGUACCGACCACCACACAACAGUGGUCCUGUGUCUUACCCACUCCGAGUCCGACCAGUUCGACCAGUCUUUUUGCUUUUUGUACAAAGAACAUCAUGAAUCUACAUUUCUUUCUCCUGACAUGCAACUCUGGGACUUCUUCAGUAUCAUCUAGAGAAGUAAAUAGAGGCUAACAUCCAUUUCGUACAAUAUUUAACUUGGUCCAGUGCAUGGUAGUUCGAUCUAAGCCACUUGAUGAAGUAUUUCCCAUUUGUAGGCAAUCCUACUUUGACAGCAGUCUGAUAAAAAUCAGAUCGUAUGUAUAUCGCUUCGCUAUCGACGAUCUGACCCCCGAUGAACUGAGAUGACGUAAACAACCAGAGGUGACUGACGUCAGUAGUGACCAAUCAAUAUGAGGCUUUCUAAAGACCUCGUUUUCCGCGGAAAAGGCCGACGUCUUUCGGAAAAAAGGGGAAUUCCCAUUUCCUUGCAGCGGAAGUAGCUUGGCUCGGCAUCAUGAUUGACAUGCCAAGGAAAACAUAUUAUCGCUUUCCUUUAAGCGAGUGUUUGUUCUGCAGAUUUAAGUUCGUCAUAGUGAAACAACUAGCAGAUGAGAGUACAUCAUCAAUAAAACGGUACGAUUUGCUUUGUGCUCAGAUGUUGCUUGACUGUUGCUUCACUUUUCGUGACUUUCCGUAAGUUGCUCCCAGUUUUGGCUCUCUUCGUGACUGCUGCGUUGUUUCGAGCAUCGCGCCUGUGAUUGUCUGAAAGAGACACACUCCUUAAUCGCGCCGAGGAUAGGAAGUGUAUCAGAUCGUUGUUAGUUGAACGGUAUACAUACGAUCUGAUUUUCAUCAGAUUGAUCACAAAGCAACCUUGUUAACCAGUCACUAGAGUUAUUCCAGUUUCUGCAUCACAGUUUUAACGCAAAGAUGAAUAAGUGAACAGGUCACAAGACCGUCAUGGACAUUCCUUACAAGCAUUGUUUUUUUCAUAAUGGAUAGAUUACGGGAUGCAUAGGCCCAGACAUGAUUGGGCUGGCUCCAAUUUUACACUGCAAUCCUGCAAUCAGGAAUGAUGGUAAGGAAGUGCGCAAGGUAUAGUUAAUGGGCCUGCAAAUGGCCAUGUGGCAUGUCAGAAUUGUCUGUUUUCAUUCUCUACCCCUGCAGUAAACAACAACAUCAAACAUUCGAAAUGUUGAAGAUUUGUUUCUGUCGAUAAAGUCAGCACACCACAAUAUUAAUCACGAAGAACAUGAACAUUACAAUAAUUCUGCAGCGCGAUGAGUUCCUUUGUGAAAGAGUCACUUAAGAUGUACCAAUGCAAAUGGUCCACACUGACCACAUAUAGAGGUUAGGUCAUAGCAACAUUCAUAGAUUACAGGAGAACGACCAGGAACUAUCGACCAAUGUUGGUCGAAUGCCGUAAUGUCGGCUGACGUUACGAUAGCUGAACGCAGUUGACCAUUAAGAGUAAGGGAGACAACUCUUCGGAAGACCGAAAUAGCUGUUCAAGACAACCAUCACCACUCCCAGACAUCUGCCUGCUGUCACACUGAAUACUUUGAAGGAUUACUUCUGAGUUGCACCGAUCGUAUAUUCUGGCAAGCAGUAAUUUAGAAGACAAAGCCGGAACUGCGACGACGGUGUGUUUGUAUUUGUAUUUAAGAAAGGCCUAUCUUCACUAAACACAUGUAACUGGUGUUUUGCUUUUUUAUGUGGCGGUACCCGGUUAAUCACCUGACCAAACGAGAUCUGAGGUUGACCGUUUUCUUGUGUGAAACCCACGGGAUGACUCGAAUUGAAUGGCAGGCCAUCGUCAUGCAGUUUUUGAAAAUGAAUUACCUGUAAAGAAACACACUAACUCUGACAUUUACUCAGUCAAACUGAUUUCAACAUUUAGUGAAUCACCUGAUGCUUCUAUGUAGGCCUGUAUGUUCUUGUGCUAUAAAAUUCGUGCAUUCAUUGUAUAUGUUUAUAUACGUAUAUACUUUGAAGAGAACUGUACUAUUAGUGGUUAUUCGAUUUUUCUCAUAUAUGUAUAGAAACAUAUGUUGCAUUUUUGACUUGAUUAGAUUGCAUCGUUAAACUUUAAGAGUAAAAAGCCAGUGGCGUUCUUAGCUCUAGGGUACACUAUGAUACAGCUAGCAAAUUAUUUUCUUGCUACACCGAUGAUAUCGCUCUCAUUUGGACAUGCAUUGUGCAACAAAAAGUUGAAGAGUACUGGGCGAAAUUCUUAUCUCAUUUGCCUGAAGAUAGUGAUCUUGUUUGAGUACUUUUUUUACACACGUGGACUAGAAAUUGUAUCUGUGUGUCUGUAUGGUAACUGGCUUGUAUGCCGUGAACUAGCAUUGUUGGUAUAAAUUGAAUUUUUGUUAAUAUUAAAGACUUUCGGGUACGUAACAUACCCAAUAUCUGUACAGUAUUCAGAUAGAUGAUGUUGUCAACCAUAUUUCUUACAAUGUUGUGUCUUUGUAUUCUAUUUAAUGUUAUUAGUAUUUUAUUACAGUUAUAAGGAAAAGAAUAAUUAUGGCUCCGAGUAGAUAUACUAAUAUACCUGUUGCCAUCUCAUUUGACAAUAAAAAUUCAUUUUAAUAAUACUCUA